AAGAUUGAAUUUAUCGGGAAUGGGCCUGGGCCGCAGUGAGAAAAAAAAAAGUAAAGGAGAUGAAGAACUUAAGAGAGAAACUUAAGAAGAGAGGAUAAUACAGAAAAUGACGCUUCUAUCUUUUCUCUGUUCCUGUCCUCCAGUAAUUCCGAGCUCAUCAUGGUUUCCGUUGACGUCUAAUACCACUGCUUUCUCCAUCAAUCACAGGUUCCAAAUUCAUUCCUCUGAUUCCACCAACAUUUUCACCCAAAAACUCGACACCUCUCUCUUAUCCAUCACCGAAUCCUUCUACGAGGACGAGCUAUGGGCCGCUGCCUGUCUCCGCGUCCGUUCCUUCAAUCAAUUCCGCCCUGACGCCUUCGGAAUCCGAGAUCAUAUGAGGUACUUGGCUCAGCGCGAGUUCGAAGCACUCAAGGAGCGUGUUUCGGGGAAAAGAACGGGCUUCAGAAGAGUCUCUUGCAUUAACGCGUCCCUUCCAUUCUCCCACAUCUCUUCACUCUCUCAUGAUUUGUGUUCUUUUUGUAAGUUUUCUGCUAAUGGAGAGGACCGGAUUGUAGUUGGCACUCUUGAUCUUAAUCAGUGCUUAAGCCUUCCUGAUGAAAUUGUGGGGUUGAAGCCUGAGGGGAUUGGAGCUGAGGUCACCAGGGCAUACCUCAGUAAUGUAUGUGUUGCUGAGGAGUUGCACAGAAAUGGGUUGGGUUAUGCACUUCUUGAAGUGUCAAAGUUAGUAGCCUCUGAUUGGGGUAUAACAGAUUUGUACGUCCAUGUUGCUGUCGACAAUGAACCAGCCAAGAAAUUGUAUAUGAAAAGUGGGUUCGUCUAUGAAAGUGAUGAACCCGCGUGGCAGGCCCGGUUUAUGGAUCGACCCCGAAGACUUCUGCUAUGGUCAGGGCUUUGAAGGACCAAAUUUAACAGUGUUGUCCUAUAUCUCUUGUGUAUAUGGUUUACUGUCUAUUCUUGUGAAGUAAUUUUCAGAACAUAGGUCGUCAAUGUAACGUGUUUUGCCCUUUUAGCAAAUCUGGUUGACGAGGGUCAGCUUUAAGCCUUGUAAGCACACAUUGUAAGGCUUACAGCCUUAGAACAUUUGGGGCGCGGAACAUUGUAAGAACAUAUCAUAGUAUGUACUUAGUUGCAAUAACUAGAAAGAUCAAAUUCAUUUACUCCUAGCAUAGCAUCUAUAUGCUUCAUAGAAGUAUAUCUUUGUCUACCCAGAAAAGAGAUUCCUCAAGUUGUAAUUCAUCAAUGAUCAUUUCUAAAAAUAUAUUGAAAGAGUAUUUACAAGCUUUCUA